AUGGCUACCCCUAGUGUCCUAGCUUUUGACGCUGAGGGUCGUGCCAUUGACUUUGAGGUCUGGGUCGACGACCUGCAGCUGUACUUGCAGUGCGAUAGGGUAGAUGACAUUUCUCUCUUUAACCUUACCUCUGGCAACGUCCCUGCCCCUGCUGCUGAUGCUGACCCCACUGUUCACUCCAAGUGGGCCACACGUGAUGCUGCUGCACGUCUUGCUGUGCGUCGCCACCUCCCCACCUCUGAGCGUGCACACUUUAGUCAGUACAAGAGUGCUCAGACCUUGUACGACGCUGUAGUUGCGCGCUACUCCUCCCCUGCCAUUGCUGCACUGAGCCGUCUCAUGCUACCGAACCUCUUCCCUGACCUUGCUGCCUUUCCCACAGUCGCUGACCUCAUUACGCACCUCCGCACUAGUGACACUCGCUACCGCGGUGCGCUUCCUGCUAACUUCUGCGCCAAGAACCCCCCCCCCAUGUACAUCACUCUCUACUUUCUAGUCACUCGUCUCCCUGAGUCCCUUCGUGUAGUUAGGGACCACUUUCUCUCGGUCUGUCCCACCACUCUCACUAUCGACCUCCUCGAGAAGUCCCUCCUAGCGGCCGAGAAGAGCAUAGUCGCUGUAGGGGCUUCUCGUGGUGACCCUCGCACCCCCAUCUUUGAGGGGUGUUCUCCUUCCCCCCUAUUACCCUCUGUCGCCUCUGCUGCUGCGGCCGACCUCGUUGGUCUUGAGUCGGUCAGUGCGGCGUCUGCCCCUAGCGGGAGACGCCGCUCUGGCAAGGGCAAGGGGGGCAAGGGCGCGGGUGGAGCUAGCGGGGGCGGUGGCGGAGGAGGUGGGGGCGGCGGGGGGAGUGGGGGUGGCGGUGGAGGUGGUAGCGGGGGUGGCGGUACUAGUGGCGGCAGUGGAGGCGGAGGUGGCGGCGGCGGUGGCGGUGGGAGUGGAGGUGGCGGAGGUGGCGGCGGUGGAGGCGGAGGCGGGGGUGGCGGUGGUGGAGGUGGUCGGAGUGGCUCUUCGCAGCGGAGCAGCACUGGGGGUGGUCAGCGCCAGCAGCAGCAGCAGCAGCGUCCUCGCGACGUCCCCGCCCCUCAGCAGCUCCGUGAGUGGUACACGCAGCGUCAGCGUGGUGGGGCUUUUGGUCCCUGCACCUACGUCCUUCGCACCAGCGACCGCACGGCUGUUUUUGAUCUUGACUUUGAUGCUAUCCUUGCUGCCAUGUAUGCUGUGACUAUUAGUGAUGAGGGUGACUGCUACCGGUGUUUCUCGCCCGACCCGGGCAUUGGUACUGCUGCUCUAGGUGCCAGUGAGGCUACUGCUCUAGGUGCCAGUGCGUUUGUGCUCUCAGGUACUAGUGCGUCUGCGCUCUCAGGUAUUAGUGAGUCUGCGCUCUCAGGUACUGCGUCGGCUUCGGCCUCCCACACCUUCACCCUUGACUCUGGAGCGUCUCGCUUCUUCUUUCGGGACCGCACCACACUCACGCCGCUUAGUCGGCCGGUUGCGGUGUCCCUGGCUGACCCCUCUGGGGGUCCUGUCCUGUCUCGCUUCUCCACAGUCCUCCCGUGUCCGGCGGCCCCCUCUGGCAACCUGUCUGGUCUCUACCUCCCCUCGUUCUCUACGAACCUGGUGAGUGGUGCUGACCUACAGGAUGAGGGUGUCCACCAGUUCACUCCUGCUCGUCAGCGGGUGACGCACUGCACAGAGGCUAGCACAGGUCGCCACCUGGCUACGUUUACACUUCAGCCAGGGUCGAGCCUGUACACACUGACCACUGCUUCUCCUCCAGUUGCUGAGUCUGGUAGGGUCCCUUUGUCUGGUCAGGUGUUUGCUGCAGCGUCCAGGUCUGGUCCUGAGUCUGCCCCCUGUUUGUAUCAUCGCCUGUCUCACGAGACUCUCCUUUGGCACCACCGCCUUGGUCACCCCUCUCUGCUUCGGCUCAGAGGCAUGGCCUCCCGUCUUCUUGUGUCUGGUCUCCUCCGGUCCCUCCCUCCCCUUCCUCAGGGCCCUGGCCCUGCCUGUGUCCCCUGUGUCGAGGGGCGCCAGCGUGCUGCCCCUCACUCCUCCCAGUUUCCUCCCACAGAGGCUCCGUUGCAGACGCUUCACAUGGACGUGUGGGGCCCUGCCCGCGUCCGUGGAAUAGGUCACGAGCGCUACUUCCUGUUGGUGGUUGACGACUACUCGCGUUACACCACAGUCUUCCCCUUGCGCAGCAAGGGUGAUGUCACUGAGGUGUUGAUCGACUGGAUCCGCGCAGCUCGUCUCCAGCUCCGGCAGAGCUUUGGCUCGGACUUUCCUGUUUUGCGUCUGCACUCGGACAGAGGCGGAGAGUUCUCCUCUGGCCUUCUGCGUGCCUACUGUCGUGCGCGAGGCAUCCGUCAGACCUUCACGCUUCCGGACUCACCGCAACAAAAUGGGAUUGCAGAGCGCCGCAUUGGCAUGGUCAUGGACGUCGCUCGUACGUCUAUGAUGCAUGCGGCAGCCCCCCAUUUUCUGUGGUCGUUUGCGGUCAGUUCUACCACCCCACCUCUCGCCGUCUUCUGUCCUCCUAAGACGUCACGUCCCCCCCCGGUAGACCCCCUCCCCCCUCAGGGUCCUGCCCCUUCAGGUGUGUCCCAGGUAGACGCGGUCGAGCCUGUCGAGGUCACUAGUGACUCUGGUGCUGCUGGUGGUGCUGAGCCUGGGGGUGCUGAGCCUGGGGGUACUGAGCCUGGGGGUGCUACGUCUGGGGGUGCUGAGCCUGGGGGUGCUGAGCCUGGGGGUGCUGAGCCUGGGGGUGCUGAGCCUGGGGGUGCUGAGCUUGGGGGUGCUACACCUGGAGGUGCCUUGCCUGGGGGUGCUGGGUCUGGGGGUGCUCAGCCUGGAGGCUCUCUGGGUGCUUCGUCUCGCCGGGAGCCACUCUCUCCACAGGAGCUGCGCGAGUGGUUUGCCCGGCGGUGGAGCCGUGCUGCUGGUGCUAAAGGUUCGUCAGCUACUGAGGGUGCUGCUGUCGCAGGUCCCGGAGGUGCUCGUUUAGGGAGUACUGGAGCUGCUGGGCCUGCGGGUUCGACUGGAGCUAGUGCUGCUGAGGGUGUUGGCGCUGAGACUACCACUUGCAGUCCGGCUGGCGGUGCUCCUGGUGCUGCAGGAGGUUCUGGGGCUGCUGGAAGUGCUGCUGGGGGUUGUGGAGCUGCUGGAGGUGCUGCUGGAGGUGCUGCUGGAGCGGGUACUUCUGCUGGGGGUUCUGGUCCAGUCCCUGCUGUUUCUGGCUCACAGCUACAGCCUGCCUCCCCUUUGCCUGCUCCUUCUCCCUACGCUGGUCCUACUGGAGGUCUCACUGAGCGUCGUGAGCUUGCGUCUCGUCCUGCGUCGCCUGUUCGUGCUACGCGCGCUAGUGGUCGCAGUUCUCGUCAGCGUCCUCCUCCUGUCCCUGGCACGCACCGGAUGUCUCGGUGUCCGUCCACUGCUCCUCUGCAUGCCCCUUUGCCUUCUCUUCCUGCGUCCUCUCUUCCUGCUCUUGCCGACCCGGAGUCGGACUCUCUUCGUGCAGCCCGUCCUACUGUCACGCGUCUCCUUGCUACUGCCGUCACUGACCCUUCUUUCGAGUCUACUGCUGCGUCUGCCCUUGUUACUGAGCUCGUCGACUUUGCUGCUCGCUGUCGUCUAGACUACGCUGCUAGUCUUGUCGCUGAGUCUGAGUCUGUCUGUCCUCCGUCCAUCGGGGGUGAGUGUGCCCUUGGCACGGACGUCCUUGAGGACAGGCAGGAGGAGUUCCAGUGUCUGGCAGCCGCUUCACCUCAUCUCGUGUCCGUACUGCUCACCCCUGAGGGAGACCCGGAUGCACUUGACAUCCCGACUCCGCGCUCUUACAUGGAGGCGAUACAGGGUCCCUACUCCUCUCAGUGGCAGGCAGCUAUGGAUGCAGAGAUGGCUUCCUGGAAGUCCACAGGCACCUACGUUGACGCUGUUACCCCUCCUGGGGUGAACAUCGUCACUGGCAUGUGCAUCUUCAGGGUGAAACGGCCGCCGGGUUCUCCGCCUGUCUCCAAGGCGCGUUACGUGGCUUGUGGCUUCAGUCAGCGGCAGGGAGUUGACUACUUUCAGACCUUCUCCCCCACCCCAAAGAUGACUACUCUUCGGGUACUGCUGCACGUUGCUGCUCACCGUGACUACGAGCUGCACUCUCUCGACUUCAGCACUGCUUUCUUGCAGGGCAGCCUGCACGAGGAGAUCUGGCUGCGCCGUCCACCUGGCUUCACUGGGUCUUUCCCUCCUGGUACCCAGUGGAGUCUCCGGCGUCCAGUCUACAGUCUCCGCCAGGCGCCGCGUGAGUGGCACGACACACUGAGGACUACGCUGGCGGCACUUGGGUUUGCUCCUUCUACUGCUGACCCGUCGCUGUUUCUGAGCACCGACACCUCUCUGCCGCCGUUUUACAUCCUCGUGUACGUCGACGACUUGGUCUUUGCCACAGCUGACACUACUGGACUCGCCUACGUGAAGUCCGAGCUGCAGAAGAGACACACGUGCACAGACCUGGGUGAACUGCGCAGCUACCUUGGCUUGCAGAUCACCCGGGACAAAGCACGCCGCACCAUUACCCUGACUCAGUCACACAUGGUGCAGCAGGUCCUUCAGCGCUUCGGCUUCAUGUACUCCUCGCCUCAGGCCACUCCUCUGCCUACUCGUCACUCGCUCUCAGCUCUGCCUUCGGAUGAGUCCGUAGAGUCGAGUGGUCCGUAUGCAGAGCUUGUUGGCUGCCUCAUGUACCUGAUGACCUGCACACGACCUGACCUUGCAUACCCUCUUAGCAUUCUCGCACGCUAUGUUGCUCCUGGGAGACACCGACCAGAGCACAUGGCUGCAGCGAAGAGGGUGUUGCGCUACUUGUGCAGUACGUCGGGCAUGGGGCUAGUGCUUGGAGGGCGGAGUCCAGUGGUCCUCACUGGGCACGCGGAUGCUUCUUGGGCUGACGACCAGGCUACGCAGCGGUCGUCACAGGGUUACACUUUCAGUCUUGGUUCCGGCUCUGUUUCCUGGCGGGCUACUGGCUUGUCUUCUGUUCUUGGCUCUAGUUUUGAGGCUGAGAUCUACGCCGGGGCUAUGGCUGCCCAGGAGCUUCGCUGGCUCACCUACCUGCUGACCGACCUUGGAGAGCCGCCUCGUUCUCCUCUAGUCCUGUAUGUUGACAACAAGGCCAUGCUGGCCUUGUGUCGAGAGCAGCGACUAGAGCACAGGACAAAGCACAUUGCUCUCCGCUACUUUCUUGCUCGUGAACUACAGCAGCGUGGACAGUUGCGGCUUGCGUACGUGGCCUCUGAGGCCAAGACUGCUGAUGUCUUCACCAAGGCACUUGCGCCUUGUGAUCAUCAGCGCUUCUGCACUCAGCUGGGUCUUGUUCCUGUCUUGCCUCACUUGCUCACUUCUUGA